CUACUUGCGGGGAGUGGAAGUUUUGACGAUAUAGGCACGAGGACCAAGAGACGAGAGGGCAAAGGACGAAAAGAUAACGAGUAAAAACCGUUCUGUAUCGACGCGUACGUGAUAGGCAUUGCAUAUGAACACGUCUACCGUUAAUUCUGUCUGUGAUAUUACAAGCAGGAAAUUUCCGGUACAAAUUUCAUCAGCACGCACUCGCAAGGCCGCCAGAGACAACGUGCCUGUACGCAAACCACAAAAAAACGGCGAGUUGAGGUUUUCUGGCUACGUUUUCUUCGGUGAAACUGGGUCCAAACGCACAGGCGCUUUCUGGUGGGAUUCCAAGACGAUCGGACUGCAUUGCUAACGCAUGACUGGACUGGCACGUCGGCCAUUGGCACGCUGCGUGAAGAACCAUAGGGAGAUUCAUACCGUACGUGUUGCUAUGCAGAGAGACUUACCACGUGCGUGCAUGCCGAGAAAAUAAUCGACGGUUUUGUUGUCUUUCAAAUUUUAGCCCCUUUUGUUUUGUCGGCCAGUUGUAUACAGCAUUUACCAGAGUCUUUCCCCUGUGGAUACAGAGAGAUACUGUAGCAAAGAUGGGCGGGAAAAUGAGUAAAAAGAACAAGUCUUAUGACAUGUCCGGGGGAAAAGAAGAAGUUGGAGGAGGCUCGCCGGUAGACGAGGGAGGCUCGAGUCCUGAAGGGGGUGAGGUGACGGUCACGGGGGUGAAAAAGACGGGAGAAGACUCGGGCCAAGUCAAUGAGAGCCCAACCGGUGCUGAGACCAAGACAGAAGAGCCUGCAGCAGCCACUACUCCUGCAGAGACUAAAGAAGGCACAGAAGACAGUAAGGAAGCUGCUGCUGCAGAACCCACACCAGCGGCUGGGGAGGAGUCUAGACAAACAGAAGAACAGAAGUCUGAAGUUGAAACUACCAAAUCAGAAACUGUAACAGAGGUGGCCCCUGAACCAGCUGAAAACAAAGAGGCAGAGGCCCCUAAACCAGCAGAAACCACAGAAGUGGCCAAUGAGCAGGCAGAAAGUAAAGAGGUGGCCCCUGAACCAGCAGAAAGUAAAGAAGAGCCUGCUCCUACUGAACCAGCAGAAACAAAAGAAGAGCAAAUCACAGAAACAGCAGACAGUAAAGAGGUGGCCCCUGAACCAGUAGAAAGUAAACAAGAGGAGGUCCCUGCUGAGGCACAAGAAGAGAGACCUGCAGAGGCUGAGGCUCAAGAGGCAGUGGCCCCUGAACCAGCAGAAAGUCAAACGCAACAAGAGGCCCCUGAACCUGCUCAAGCACCCCCUGAACCAGCACAAGAAAAAUCUGCGGAAACUGAAGAACAAUCUUCAACAGAGGGUGUUCAGUCAGAGGAUAUUAAGAAGGAGGAGGUGGCCCCUGAACAAGCACAAGCCCAGGAACCCCUGACUAUCACCGAACCCCAGGAGGCACCGGGUGAGGAGUCUGCAGAGAGUACAGUGGAACCGUCUGAAACAACACAACCAGAGGAGAAACCCGAGGAGACAUCCCAGCCUGCUUCAGAAGAACCAGCAAGUGAACCGGAACCAGUCGCAGCAGAAGAAGAGGCCAAGGAGGAGCCGGCACCACCAGCAGAACCUGAGGUGAAGGCGGAGACUGCCCCUGAAGUGGAGGCAGCCCCGACACCGGACGCUGCCGAGGCAGAAACCAAGACGUCUGAGGAGGAGGCACCAGCUGCCGAGGCAGAGGCCAAGGAGGUCGAGGCAGCAGGUGAGGAGGAAGAGGCCAAGGGUGAGGAGGCGGAGCCAAUACCCACUGAAGAAGCCGCACCAGUUGCAGCUGACGAGACCCCAGAGGAGCAGCCAAUUCCUGAAGAGCCAGCUGAUGAGCCCAGCCCACCGGCUGAAGAACCAAAGGCCGAGGAGCCCGCAUCGGACCCGUCGCAACCAGAUGCUGCGGGUGAUGCAUUGGCCCCUGAGGCCGAGACUAACCAUGAGGUGGGACCAGGUGGAGAUGAGGCGGCAGCUGAGGAGGAGACUAAGCAGGAGGAGAGCAGUACCCUGAAGCAAGAGGCAGCUGAAGCAGAGACUAACGGGCCCGAGACUGUGGAAGUGGCUGAAUAAAUUGAAAGGGCAGUCGGUAUGAAUGACAAGCUAUUUCCAAACCAGUGCAAGUGUGCAUCAACUGUGUGUACAAAUUUGUAAGCAGAGAACCGCACAGCCUGUCUUCCCCCCAGACUGUUUUUGAGAAAGAAUGGCACCACCAUGUAAAGACUGCACAUGAGCCACAUGUAUUUGGUUGUUUCUGGUUCUGCUGGACAUGUUCUACUUGGGCAAGCAGCAGGGUCCUCAGUCAGGAAAAGGAAUGCAGGAAGUAUUUGUAUAUGCCGACUUAUUCCCUGUCUGUUUUCUUAUUCUUUCUUUUUUUUUAUGUUCCUUUGAAACAAUAACCUCAUUGCGGACUCCGUGUUGGUUCAUUUGUACAAUAACCAUCUCACAGCAUACAGUUGUUGGUAUGUUGAGUACAGUUUAUCACAUGAUGUGGAUAUGUGAUUUUUGAUUUUGUUUUUCAAGACAAAGUUAUGCAUACCCAGUGUACUACCUGGUAGAGUUGGUCCAUAAAGACACACAGCUUAUCCUGGACUGAAACCCUGCAUGUCAAAGUGCACAGAACUUAAGAAUCAGAACAUGGGAACCCAAACAUCGAUGAGUUUUGUUCCAGUGCAGAGGCCAGUUUAAAGGCUGAUGAGACAGACAAUUCAUGAUUAUAACAGACCUGUAACAUGAUGAUGUCAGGUUUUGUUGACAUGUUUGCUUUCCUAUACAUGUACUGUACAUGUACAAGUGAGGAAGGACACCACACAUCAAGACCCCAUAUGAAAGUGCACAUGUGAGCAAAGUAAGACGUUAUGAUGUUUUUGGUCGAUUAGGUGUAUAUUACCAUAUAGUCUGUGUACGACUGCAAUAUAGGCAUAGCUGCCAACUUCACGCUUAACUAAAAUGCACCCGCUUUAUGAGCUGGGAUGGCGCACUUGGGAAAUGGAGAGAAAAUCUUCAUAUGCCGAAUCAGAAAGAAUUGGAGUAGUACUUGUAAAUAUAUUUUAACCGUAAAAAAGUAGAAUGUAGUUCCCGUAGGUCAAGGUCGUAGAAAAUUGCUGAAUGUACAUGUGUGCAGAGGCAUUGAAGAAUCAAGAUUUCUCUUGGAAAGCUGUUACCUUUUUCAUUUGAGACCAUUUGUUAGCAUAUAUUGGCUGAAUCAUAAUCUUAAAGACCGUAGUAUGAGAUGCAAUUGGCACAUUAGCUUUCCACAAAUUGUGAUUUCUUUAACUUCUUGUUUAUCCUCACAUUAUCAGUGCCUUCCACAAGUAAAUUAACAGUUUUGUAAUGCAGUCUUCAGUUUAUUGGUAGUUAACUUUAAAAAAGAAAUUGCAAAAUGACAAGAUGUACCGGUUGGUGGAGUAGUAAAAAAGGCCGUCCUGUUCAAAUGUGUACAAUUUAUGCAAUUAAACAUUCACACUUUUAUGCAACUGGUUUAUAGAGCUGCGUGUUGUUGCUAUUUUGAUGCAAAUACUGGCGUUUGGACUCUUCAACCAAAGAUAUGGGGGGGUCUUUUUUUUAUUUUACUUAAUCAGCUUGCAGCAUGAAUUUUUCUUUGACAAAGAUCAUUUCCUGUUGCCUUGAUAUCAGAAGGAAACAUGGUGAUUUGCAUCAGAGAACGUUCAUGACACAAAGACUCUCUGAUUUCUAGAGUACAUUUAACCUUUUUGAAAUGUAGAGGUAUGUUUUCGUCAUUAAUCGUAGGUAUAGAGCUUUAUGUGCUUCUGUUAUUCCAUGCACUGUUUAGUGCGAGUCCAGAAAAAAAGACGUUAACCACCUUUCUGACUGGAUUUAGCAUGUACGGCUGUGAGUAACUUAGCAAACACAGCCAGAAUGCCCGCGCAUGUUUUGAGUGCAUUUGAUGCAUCUAAACCAUCUUGGGGGAUUUGAAAUGGAGAUGGCUUGAGAACAGUUUGCACGGUUGUGAUACAUUAUGCAUUACAAUGUUGGCUUCUGCCCUGCUUGCACAGAAAGGUGUGUGCAUGAAGACAUCAAGAUUGCUUGAUAUCAGCAUUGUGAUAUAAUUGUUACGCCGGCAGAAACUAGCCCUAACUCACAAAGACCCUUCAGAAUCCAGGAUUUUGGAAAAUGGACCUUGGUCACUGCAACUGAACAUGGGUGUUAGAUGAUGCUUGAAAGUGUAAGAAAUGAGCAAUUGGGCUCCUGCAAAGUGAUGGAUUUUAGAGGAUUCAGGACGGUUCUUAGUAAAAGUAUUUGGAAAGUUAGAGUUUUAAUUAUAAGAGGGUUGAGGAAAAGACAAGUUUGUGUUGUAUAUUGACAUAUAUUGACAUAAAUAUAAUUGUUAAAAUGGCAUUUAGUUCGAGGUACUCGUGUGUACAAGGUAUUGUAUGAAUUGUACUAAGUGAGGAAGAAAAAGUUGUAAGUCACUACAACUAAGAGCGUAGGAACAAAUGUGAACAAGAGAUAGUUAAAUUCACCAAAAAAAAAAAUUGCAAAGGCACUAUUUAGGGCAAUGCUUAGAGUCAAUGAACUAAUAGGAAGGGUUCUAAAACCACUAUUUGCAAUUUAUUUGUACAGUGAUACUUGGUGUAUAAAUUAUCCCAGUUGUUGAGAUUGGUGUUACGCUGCGUGAUGCAAUAUACUAUUGGAACCUGUUAUUACACAAAGGUUAAAAUGGGAGUAUUUGGAAAGAAUUAAUCAACUGUCAGAACUCUACAAUCCAAUGACAUGACUGGAAGGCAUUACAUGUAGCCUAGGUAGGAUGCCAGUCACAAUGCAAUGAAGACGUCGUCCAACCUAGGCUACACUACAUGUGCAGUGUAUCUCUUGCACCCAGGGCAACUUUGUGUUAAUAGUUGUUUUAUGGCCUUUGUGUGGGAUACUGUGUGAUCACUCAGUUUUGCACCGACAAGCUACAUGUAUUUGUUGUUGAUUAAAUGAUUUAUUAGAUAAAUGCAAAAUGGUUGGGGUGUUCUUGUGUUUUCCAGGUUCACCUUUAUCAGUUUGGUAAAUUUAUUGUCAAGCAUGUCAGAACGUCUUCUGAAACCCUGUAAGAAUGGUUCGUGUGUACAGACUUAGAACUCCAUGGAGACAUUUUACUUGGCUCUUACUUUUUUCCUUUGCAAGCAAGGCCCAAUUUCAUGGCUGCACUAACCAUGGAAAUCCAUGCUCACAAUCAGCAUGUUGUACAUGUACUUCAAGUAGAGUGCAGAUAUUCUGCACUAACCUUCCUGGUUAUAAUCCUUCGUUACAGGAUCCAUUCAUGUGCAUUACCCAUGGGUUACUCCGUGAAAUCCAAUCCCAAGUGUUCGUGCAGCAUUGUCUGCAAUGGUUUGUGAGGAGUUUUUUGCUUAUAGCAAGCAUUGCCAUGAAAUCGAGACCUGGUCUUUUUGGAGCAAUCAGUGUCUCUUAAACUAGCUUAAAGUAUGUCAAGCACGAUUCAUGGAUUUUCUUGCUAGCAUUGGCAGCGAUGUCUGUUGACUCUUAAUGAAUCCGAGUAGCUCAUUGGAAUGAGAAAUUGUGGAAGCCGGGAAAUAUGGUAGUUUUACUGGGCACAGCCACUUGACAGACUGAGAGGAUAUUUACAUACGUGUAUAAUCCCUUGUAAUGAUGAAAAAUCCAGGAAUCAACAAUUGUCUUGCCAAUUAUUAUUGUUAAUUUUCUUUGUGACCCAUUAUAGUAAUACUUGUAUAAUUGUUAGUUAAUUGAUGCAAUAUUUAUUUUGAUAUCUUUGAAUUUUGCAUGCAAUUUGAUUUUUUUUUUGGUUUAAUAGAUUUAAUGUAGAUAGAUUUGUUUACGUGUAGUUGCAAGCAAGUUGUGUUUUCUCUGCAACCAAAUUCGAAAGUCACUGCUGAAUGAAUUAUUAAAUUACAUACAUGUUAAGGAAUUGAAAACUUCAAUUUCAGAUGAAUAAACUGAUUUAUGUGACUUUGCUAAAAUACCAAAUCUGAGGUCUGAGGAAGAACUGUUAUCGUACUAUACUUCUGUAGUAACGAAUCAAUUCCACAUGUACGUUGUUACAAUGAAAUAAAGCAAAUGGCACACCGAUACAGUCUGCCUCAGUUUAAAAUUAA